AUUUUAUCAUUCUACAUUUUAUGAACUGUCCUAUAACUUUAUAAUUUAUUAGAAAUAUGAGAAAAAUCAAGGAUAUUUAUCCUGAAAUUGUAUGAGUUUAUUUUGAAAUGUUGGGCAUGAAACACGGAUGAAACAUCGCAAUGUUUUGGGAACAGAUUGUCGCAGUGCGACAUAACCUCACUUCCUAAGAUCAGUGAAAUUUUGUCGGUCUGGAAAAUCCUCUAAAAUGCCCAAAAUAAAGAGUGAAAAGAAGUCCCGAGUGCACAAGGAGGUGCAGAAGCAAGGAAUCGUCUUCAACAAGGACUUCGGGCAGCACAUUCUUAAGAACCCUCUGGUCAUCACCAGUAUGAUAGACAAAUCCGCGAUCAGGUCAACGGACGUGGUGUUGGAGAUUGGUCCAGGUACGGGAAAUAUGACUGUGAAGAUCCUCGAGAAGGCCAAGAAGGUGAUUGCCUGCGAAAUCGACACGCGCCUCGUGGCUGAGCUGCAGAAGCGCGUCCAGGGCACUCCCUACCAAUCGAAGCUGCAGAUCAUGAUCGGAGACGUGCUGAAGUCUGAGCUGCCCUUCUUCGAUCUCUGCAUUGCCAAUAUCCCCUACCAGAUCAGCUCUCCACUCGUGUUCAAGCUCCUCUUGCAUCGGCCCUUCUUCAGAUGCGCCAUCCUCAUGUUCCAACGCGAGUUCGCACAGCGACUGGUGGCCAAGCCGGGAGACAAACUGUACUGUCGACUGAGCAUAAACACCCAAUUACUCGCCCGCGUCGAUAUGAUAAUGAAGGUGGGGAAGAACAACUUCAGGCCACCGCCGAAAGUCGAGUCCAGCGUCGUGCGAAUUGAGCCACGGAAUCCUCCGCCGCCGAUAAACUACCAGGAGUGGGACGGACUGACGAGGAUUGGCUUCCUGAGGAAAAACAAGACUCUUGGAGCGGCUUUCAAGACCUCCUCUGUGCUGGAAACGAUGGAGAAGAACUACAAAAUUCACUGCUCAUUGAAGAACAUCGAUCUUCCGGAGGAUUUCAGUGUGAAGGCGAAGAUUGAGGAGAUCCUGGUGGCCAACAAAGCCGAUCAGAUGCGCGCCCGAACGAUGGACAUCGAUGACUUCAUGAAAGUUCUGUACGCUUUCAACGCCGAAGGCUUUCAUUUCAAUUAAAAGUGCUCUUAUUUA